UAGAACUGUUUUUGCAGACAUUCUGAUCUUGAAAAGUUUAUUUCGGAGAACCAUAUGUGUUGACAACAUCCCAAACAUGUCUCACCAACGGGGCGGCUCAACAGUUGACGGUGUCAAAGAACCCCAUUCCGUCUCACUCAAAGUCCUCCGACUCUCCCGCCCCUCCCUCUCAAUUCAACACCCCCUCCCAACGCCCUCGCCCUCGCCCAAAUCCUCACAAUCCAACUUCCCGACCCCCUCCGCCUCCCUAGCAUAUCCCUCCUCUCAGCCAGAGCCAUUCAUCCUCUCGCCCCUCCUCACCCUCCCACCCGCCUUUGGCAGCGCAUAUGUCGGUGAAACAUUCUCCUGCACGCUCUGCGCAAACAAUGAGAUCCUCCCGGGCUCCGCCGCAGCCUCCAAGGUCAUCACCAACGUACGGAUUGAGGCCGAGAUGAAGAUCCCCAGUUCAGGCGUCCCUAUACCACUCAUACUUGGUCCAGAAACAACAGUAUCCAAUAAUACAGCAGAGAAUGUGGAAGAGCAAGAUCCAGAGAAGAAAGCUGAGAAAGACAAGGACCACAACGGUGUAGAUCUCGAACCUGGAAAGAGUCUCCAGAAAGUCGUCAAUUUCGAUUUGAAAGAAGAAGGCUCCCACGUCCUAGCCGUCACAGUCACGUAUUCAGAAACAACGUCCACAAGUGGUCGGAUCCGCACAUUCCGCAAACUAUACCAAUUCGUCUGCAAAGGGUGCAUGGUGGUACGCACCAAGACGGGUGCUUUACCUUCUGGAACGGGGGAAAAGGAGGGGAGGAAAUGGGCGCUAGAAGCGCAGUUGGAGAAUUGUGGCGAGGAGAUUAUCACGCUGGAUAUGGUUGUACUGGAGACAAGAGAGGGCUUUAGAAGUCAGGGUUUGAAUUGGGAAGUUGUUGGACCUGGGGAAGAAAUGGAGAGACCAGUGCUGAUGCCGGGGGAUGUACAACAGGUUUGCUUUUUAGUGGAGGAGUUGCUGGGGGGUGAGGAGAGACCGGAGCCAGUGGAUGGCAGGCUAAUCUUUGGAAUUCUGAGCUUAGGUUGGAGGGGCACGAUGGGGAACAGAGGGUUUCUGAGUACCGGUGCCUUGGGAGCCAGGCUGAAAUGAAGUUACCAGCUAUCGCCGUCAUCAUCCGUUUUAAGAUGGCUGCCUUCAUACUCAAAACUCAAUACCUACGACAGCAUGUCUUGGACAACUGCUCAUGAAAGCCGAGGCAUCUCGGUCAUUCGCUCCGCGCGAGAGGUGGCUGGAUAUUAAGGGCAAGGCUUCCAAGAAGGACUGGAACAUAAGAGCCGAGGGACCAGUCAGGCACACCCCAACCUGAACCUGAAUCUAUUGGUCGCUUUGCACAGCAUUCUGGCCAUAGUCCAGGCAGACAGGGAGCUCACAUAAUGCCACAAUCGAGACUUACAAGUCGUGGUACAACUGCCUUCAAAUGUAUCAGUCCAACGUCCUCAAAGUGGCACAGAUGCAGUAAAUGUUACCCAGAUCACGUUUCAAGCAGCUCCGUCCCGUGGUUCUCGAUAGUUUUCCCCGCACCAGUCUUAUCCGCUAUUCUCAUCAUUGUCAGCAGUGCCACUUCCAUCUACCCGACCAAACAGAGUUGUACUCAGACUUUCAUUUUGGAAUACGAAACAUCAUCGGCUGUUGGAGUUCGUACUCGCUCUGCGAUGCAAUUUGCCUGGUGUUUGAUAUAUGCUGCAUUUGCUUGCUGCUAAUUAACUGUAUCUGAGAACGUGUGUAAUUCUAGAAAUGUUUUGUUACUUGAUUCUUCUUAAUAGCAUCAGCGUACAUGUUAAAUCGUACAGUAUCCACCACUCUUGCAGAAGCCGUGUCGGAGAACAGGUAAUCGCGCCGAGCGCAUUGCUGCCUCCGCCAAUAUGGAGCCUGACCAUCGCCAAAAAGUAGAUAUGCAAGAUAUUAGAUUAAGAAACAAAUAAU